UUAUUAUUAAUGAUAUUAAUAUAACCGCGGUGCCUGCAGAGCCGAUUGGCUGCGUGAGCUGCCCUCCGAGCCCGCUGCAUCCAAUGGCAAGGCAAAGACGUGAGGUGGCCAAGCCUCCCCCCGGCUGUUCCCCGUGCGCCAGGGCCGGCCCUGCCGCUCCCCCGCGCUCCGGGAUUUGCUCCCUAAUUGACCUAAAUAAGCAGCUCGUGAGUGGCAGCCCCGGGGCGGCGCACGCACACGCGGGCACACACACACACACACACACACACACACACACACAUACACACCCAAACGCACCCGCACAGGCAGAGCCCGGCCCCGGCCCCGCCGAGCUCCGCGCCAGCCAUCGCGCUGCGCGCCCCCGCGGAGAUCCCAUUUGCCUCCGCGCUCCUCCAAUCGCAGGAUCCCCCCCCUCGCCGUGCACGGCGUUUAACUCGCAUGACAUUUUUAUUUCGUUAUUAUCGUUUUCGCGCAGAAUCUGGCGCCUCCGAUGGGUUGUCGGCUUGUUUUUUUUUUUUUUUUUUCUCCUUCCCCGUUCCCUUCCCCUCCUCCCCCUUCCCCCUCCCCUCCUAGCUCGCAGGAAAUGAUGGCAAACCGCGAUCUGAAAUGAUUACUCCGGAAAAAAAACCUUUUAUACCAGGAGAGCAUCCACGGGGCUAAGCAGAGGCAGGAGGCGGCGGCGGGGCAGCGGGGAGCCGAGGAGCCAGCCUCCCGCGGAGCCGGGGACACCCCCCCCCGUCCCCGUCCCCGUCCCCUUCCCCGUCCCUCCCUCAGCUCCUCUCCGACGAUGCCGGACGAAGCGACGGAAAACUCGGGCUCCACCUCCGCCCGCGUCUCGUCCUUCUUCAUCGAGGACCUGCUGGGCACCGAGGGCGCUGCGGGCGGCGGGGCGAGGAGGGCGACUGCGGGCGGAGGUGGCCGUGGGGCUCCGCGCUCCCCGCUGCGCCUCGGAGCCUCGGGCUGCCCGCUCCGCGACGCCGCCGUCGGCUGGUACCGCCGGGCGCACGCCGCCUUCCUGGGCUGCGCCAGCCCCGACACCAGCGACCGGGACUCGCCCGAGCUGCCCGAGGAGCCGGCGGAGCCGGCGGGUGGCGGCGGCGGGCGGGCGGCGGCGGUGCGGGGCCCCUCGGGAGGGCGACCGGGCCCCGGAGGCCGUGAGGAAGAGGAGGAGCGAGGCGAGGAGCCGGGCGAGCCUGAGCAGCGAGCGGCCGGCCGCAAGAAGAAGACGCGCACAGUGUUCAGCCGCAGCCAGGUCUUCCAGCUGGAGUCCACCUUCGACGUGAAGCGCUACCUGAGCAGCUCGGAGAGGGCCGGGCUGGCAGCCUCGCUGCACCUCACCGAGACCCAGGUGAAGAUCUGGUUCCAGAACCGGCGCAACAAGUGGAAGAGGCAGCUGGCCGCCGACCUGGAGGCGGCCAACCUCUCCCACGCCGCCCAAAGGAUAGUGCGGGUCCCCAUUUUAUACCACGAGAACUCGCCGGCCAGCGCCUUGGGUUUCACCCUGCCCCACAUGUCGCCCCCCUUGGUGGGCUUCUCCAGCGGCGUCAGCUACCCCCUGGGCACCUUCCCCGCCGCCUCCCUCCCCUUCCUACGGUCGCAGAUGACAGGACUCGUUUGAGCGCCCACCUGUGCCAGGACCGCGGCCCCUUCGCCCCAGCCUCCGGCUUCCAGCUCCACCCCCCACCCCCGUAUCAUCCCCAGACUUUUUUCUUUCCACUUCCACGUUUCUCGAUUUACCGCUUUGGGACUUUUUUUUUUUUUUUUUUUUUUUUUAACGUGCAAUAAACUCACCGCUGGGGUUAACUCGGAACGACGCGCGGCCGCCGGACACAACCGAGGGGACACCGGGGAUCCCCGGCCAUGAGCCGGGAGCCACUCGGCGGGGCCCCCCCGCGCCAAGCAUCCAAAGAAAACUCGGACUCGGCCCCGGGGGGACACAGACCGGCGUUUUUCGGGGGGGCAGCAGCCCCCUAAUUCUCCCCCCCCCCCCGAGCGUCAGACGAAUGUACGGAACUGCCAGGGCCGGGGGCUCUUCCCGGCCCCGCGGUCCCCACCCCAAAAGACGGCGAAGCCUCGGGGCCCCCACCGCGGCCACGGGACCCUCAGCAGCUUCUCCAGGGCCCUUUGUUUUAGCCACUUAAUUCCUACAGACACCCAACCCUCCCCAACCCUCCCCAACCCUCCCCCCCCCUCCUCCCAAUUGUUACUCUAAUUUUCAUACGAUCAAUACCCAAGCAUGUGUUGGUGCCUCCCCUGGUCCUUCUCGGUGCAGCCUUUUUGAUUUCCAACAACUUGAAGGCAAAUUACUCGAGUGAAUUCGCCCCACUGAAGUCAGAGCUGUGAGGAUUUGGUUUCUUUAUUUCCAUUUUAUUUCCCCGAUAAACUAUCCGCUAAAAAUACGCGGUGGAAAAAAUAUUAAUAAUAAUAAGUGAACAUUACUGUGUUUUAUUAGCUGGAUUUGACUCUUAUUUGGGUCUCCUGAGAAGGCUGAGGAAAAUGCACCUCAGCUUUUUCCGUCUCUUAGGGGGUCGGUUUGUAAUCGAUUAACAGUUCGCACUGGCAGUUUAAAACAGAGAAAAAUAAUCAGAUGGCGACAGACUGGGGAGUUGUACGGCUAGUUAUGCAAGCUAAACUGUAAUGUGAUAUUAUAUGAAGUAUUAUGCAUGCCGAGCUAUUUUUCCUUUAAUAACUGUUUUUGUUUCUCACUCUCUACUCACUGCUAAAAUUAACAUCGGGUUAUUGUUUCCAAAGGUUUGAUUUUUUUUUUCUUAAUAUUAAGGGGAAAAUGACUUUAUAAAACUCAGCCUUGAGCUCAGACAAGGUCAAGCUUUGAUCCUACGUUUUAGGGCAUAAUCAGGUGUAAUUUAACUGACCAGCUCGCAACACUCGGUGUCCCCGUGGCAAAAAACGGGUCCAUGGGUCUGUUGGGGUACGUGCAUGCAGACCGGUCCCGGUGAAGGAAGAAAGAUCUAAUUCUUACUGUUUCCUACACUUUACGUUAUGUUCGGAGCGGUCUCACGCUUUCGUGCUAUGAAAUCGAUCGGCGAGAUGCGGCGAAGCUUCAGCUUUGGUACGAAACCCAAGAAGAAGGCUCAGGGGCGGAUUACAACCUCUCCACUGCUUUUUUUUUUUUUUUUUUUUUUUUCCCUCUCUUUGGCCUGAAACACGGCUCUGGGCAUCAUGCACAAUUGAAGUCAGGACGCUGAAAACUUCAAAACCACUCGAGAAGUAAAAUAAUAAUAGUAAUAGAUGCGUAUUGUGGGUUCCUGAGGAAAGCGUUAACUUGCCGGUAUGCUCGUUUCGACUCGAGCCUCGGGUUUGGGAGCUUUUUUUUUUUUUUUUUUUUCCACUGCUCUGAAAUUUCUCUUCUCGCUCCGGGAGGGCUUUUCCAGCUGUUUGCUUGGCGUAGCCGGGAAACUCCCGUUUUUUGGGGAGAAAACUUCUGUUGAUCUGAUCCAGGAAAGGGGAAGGGGGAUAGGGAACGGUGGGGUGGGGGUCCCGAAGCCCCCGGUGGGACUCGGGGGGAUUUCAGCCUUUUAAUGAGCAGAGGGGGCGGCUUUGGGCGACGUCGCUUCCUCUGGGCUCACCGCUUGGCUUGGUACCGUUCAGAGCCUGACUAUGCCUGGAGGAAAACAGCCAGAGCCUUUCCCCAUCCUAUCCAGCUCCCCAGCUCUCCCAGCGUUACCUGCUGGAGCAAAAUCCUGACUCCCUACGGUCAUAUCAGAGUAGAUUGUAAUCCAACGGGAAACUGAACAUGCCUGCCACUCUCCACAUGCCUUUUCUUUGGAGUAACAUAUGAGAUUAUUAUACUUCUGAUUCUACUAAAUAUUAUUUUCUUGAAGUUAAGGAACUGGCAGGGCUAAAUGAUCAAUCGGAUUUUUAAAAUGUGUUUUGACAUUAGUUUGUUUGUUUUUUAAAGACGUGCUAAUUAUAUCAAUAAACAGAUUUUUUUUUCAUACACUGUAUUUGUAACUUAUGACCAUAGUAAAAUAUUAAAAGGUGCAAGAUGUGAGUUCUUCUAAGAAAAAAAUGCUUACGUAUGCCUUAUUCUGUACCUGCAGGAAGUGCUUUAUUAAAAAUAUGUACUGAAAGUAGGAACAUAAACACCUCAGGUUUCUUUACCUAGUCGAUUUUUAACGACUCUUUUCAUUGUACCUGAUGGCAAGAAAAUUGCAGGAUCUACAGAAACAGCUAGCAGAA